AUGCAGUACGUUCAGCUUACAAUCGAGCUCAUCACCAAGGCCUUCGAGACAUUUUCUUCUAAGAAGGGAGUGGAGUUUACCAAGAAAGAUGCAAAUAAGAUCUUUAAGGCGCUUGAUGGGGAUAAGGAAGUGGAGAGAUACUACUUUUGUGGAGCAAAGUGCGUCAAGUCCAAGCGUAAAUGCAUGAAGGAAGUUGACGAUGAAGGCAUGCAUUGUUAUGUCCACGAUCCUGCGCGCAAGUAUGAUGGUGAUACGUCUGAUGAUGGUGAUACGUCUGAUGAUGCUGGCUCUGACGAUGAUUCCCCUGAUGAUAAAGACUCUGAUGAUGGCAAGUCCAAUAACAGACCUAAUGUAGAAUCUGGAGAUGAUACCUCUAAGGAUAACCCUGAUGAAAAACUAUCUCAUAAAAAAUCAGAGAAAGACAUAGCACGUGCGAAGGACAGAGGAUGGAUGAUUCAUCCUAAUAACGACAUGCUUGACUAUGCAACUAAGUUUACGAUGAAUGGCAAGUACAUUGUCAGGCUAUCUGGAAAGAAUACAUACGUUGGCCUGUUUACGCUUGAUGCUCUGCGCGGUGUCGGUGAUGUUCCAGAGUUGGAUAUCUUGGAACGCUCCAUGCUUAGCAAGAUGAAACUUCAACCAUUGUCUGAUGAAGAGAGAAAGACGCUUUUCAACGAGGAGAUCGAAGUAGAAGAAGAAGUACCAGUAGAAGGACCAACAGAUAAAUCCAAGGUGAUAUGGAAAAAACUUAACAAGUACUUGGAAUAUUCCGAGAAUGUACUUGUAAAUGGAAUGCACAUUCUCAAGAUGCGCAAAAAAGACACUGUAAUCGGCUUGAUGACUGAUGACCAUAUUGCUGCAGAGAAUGUAGAGUGUCAUUCUCUUAGCCAGAAGGAAAAAGAGAAGUUGUUUGCUAUGGGAUUUAAACCGCAUGAGCAUAAGCAAAGCUUGCCACAGAAAGAUGAGAGCACAUGUGAGGAUGAUAAAGAUGCUGAGGGCGAUAAAGAUGCUGAGGAUGACAAAGAUGCGGUGGGUGAUAAAGAUGCUGAAGAUGACAAAGAUGCUGAGGGUGAUAACGAUGCUGAGGAUGACAAAGAUGCUGAGGGUGAUAACGAUGCUGAAGAUGAUAAAGAUGCUGAGGAUGAUAAAGAUGCUGAGGAUGUUAUGUGGAAAAGUCGAGACAAAUUUACCAACAACAAACAAAAGCAGAAGUUAAUUGCCAUGGGGUUCACGAUCGAGGAAUUGCCUAAAUUGUCUCUCCAGAUGUAA